GUCAUGUGCAGAGUCACGGAAGUCCGGCGCGGGGGGUGGUGGCACGAUGGCGGUGGCUGCAGUGUCCGAGGCCUGGCCGGAGCUUGAACUGGCUGAGCGCGAGCGGCGGCGCGAGCUGCUACUGACGGGGCCCGGGCUGGAGGAGCGGGUGCGGGCGGCGGGUGGGUGCCUGCCGCCGCGGCUCUUCACACUGCCGCUGCUGCACUACCUAGAGGUGAGCGGCUGCGGCAGCCUGCGCGCGCCAGGGCCGGGCCUGGCACAGGGCCUGCCCCAGUUGCACAGCCUGGUGCUACGGCGCAACGCACUGGGGCCCGGCCUGAGCCCCGAGCUAGGGCCACUGCCGGCGCUGCGCGUGCUCGAUCUCUCCGGCAAUGAGCUUGAGGCGCUGCCCCCCGGCCAGGGCCUAGGCCCCGCCGAGCCGCCGGGUCUCCCACAGCUGCAGAGCCUCAACCUCAGCGGCAAUCGACUGCGCGAGCUGCCCGCCGACCUGGCGCGCUGCGCCCCACGCCUGCAGAGCCUUAAUCUCACCGGCAACCUCCUGGACGCCUUCCCGGACACGCUCUUCCGCCCCGGCGCGCUGCCUCUGCUCAGCGAACUGGCGGCCGCCGACAACCGCCUGCGCGAGCUCAGCCCUGACAUCGCGCACCUGGCCUCGCUCAAGACCCUGGACCUCUCCAACAAUCAGCUGAGCGAGAUCCCCGCCGAGCUGGCUGACUGCCCCAGGCUCAAGGAGAUCAACUUCCGGGGAAAUAAACUGCGGGACAAGCGCCUGGAGAAGAUGGUGGGCGGCUGCCAGACCCGGUCCAUCCUGGAGUACCUGCGCGUUGGGGGCCGGGGCUCCCGGGCCCGCGCCCGGGCCGAGGGCCCUGAGAAGGAGGACACACGGAAGAAGAGGAGGGAGCGGAAGCAGCGGCGGGAGAGCGGCGAGGGAGAGGAGGAGGUGGCCGACGCGGCCAGACUGCUGCUCAGGGUCCUGCAUGUGUCUGAAAACCCCGCGCCUCUGACGAUCCGAGUGAGCCCCGAGGUCAAGGACGUGCGGCCAUACAUCGUGGGCGCCGUGGUGCGCGGCAUGGACCUGCAGCCAGGGAACGCGCUCAAGCGCUUCCUGUCCUCCCAGACCAAGCUCCACGAGGAGCUCUGCGAGAAGAGGACAGCGGCCACCAUCGCCACCCACGACCUCCGCAGCGUGCGAGGGCCCCUGCUCUACACGGCCAGGCCACCCCAGGAUCUCAAGAUCGUGCCCUUGGGGCGGAAAGAGGCCAAGGCACAGGAGCUGGUGCGGCAGCUGCAGCUGGAGGCCGAGGAGCAGAGGAAGCAGAGGAAGAGGCAGAGUGUCUCGGGGCUGCACAGGUACCUGCACCUGCUGGACGGUAAGGAGAACUACCCGUGUCUGGUGGACACAGAUGGCGACGUGAUCUCGUUCCCGCCCAUCACCAACAGUGAGAAGACGAAGAUUAAGAAAAGCACCUGCGACUUGUUCUUGGAGGUCACCAGCGCCACAAGCCUGCAGGUCUGCAAGGACAUCAUGGACGCCCUUGUCCUGAGGAUGGCGGAAAUGAACAAGCACACCUUAGAGAACAGAGAGGAAGAGUCCCUCUCAGACACAGAGCCCAACACUGCCUCCAGACGACUUCCAGAUCCCCAGCGGAGCCCCCAAGGCGAGAAGGACGGGCCGUGUCCCCUGGUGGUGGAGCAGGUCCGUGUGCUGGACCCGGAGGGCAGCCUGAGGGUGGUGUACCCGUCCAAGGCCGACCUGGCCGUCGUCCCUCCCCACGUGACCGUGGUUCGCUGACCAUAGUGGCUCCUGGUGGCCUCACAGUGUGUGUGCUUUGCUCUUCCCUGGGUGGUUCUGACAUAAAGGAUGCCGUUGGCCGUGACAAUACUAACCCGACUCUAUCCCGUUUUGUGGACUGAUGCAAAUGCCAGAAAGCGCUGUCACGAGCAGCUGGGUCAAGUGUGCACCUCACAAGGAUGCUGUUGGGGUGGCGCCCCUGUAACCUCUGCACUCGGCAGCACUGCCGGGACACCGAGAUCCCAGCCUGCAGCCAUCUUCCUGUUUUUAUUUAAAAACGACUUGGACAUGUGUGGCAAAGCUAGGUUUCAGCUGUCUGCCUCGGAGCGCUUGAGCUGGGGCAGUGCUGGGUCAGGAUGUCUUGUGCUGGGCCCGGCGCUGUGGCUGGCUGGUCUCGGGCCACAGGUGGGAGCCCUGGGGAGUGUUGUCUUUGAACCAAAAAUCAAAAAGUGCAUGUGCCAAGAGAAGGGUCCUCCUCGCAUUGUCAUAGGUGUGUCCCAUGUCUGUGUGUGUGCGCAUGCACACCCUCGAGAGGACCAGACUCUGGGCUCACUGCGCCCCCCUCUGGCUCCAGAGGGGAACAGAGUGGUGGGCUCUGUAAUUCAGCCACUUGCUCCUCUGUUUGGUUUCCUGUAUUUCCUGUAAAGAAGUAGCGUUUUCUGGUGCCUUUGCAGGAGCCAGAGACACCCAGAGUCCCUCACGUCAGCACCUGACAGCUGUGUGGGUCUCCCUGGCAGACCCCCAGCUCGGCUGCAGCUGGGUGGCUCCUGGUGUACCUGCGGGAUGUGUAUGUCUGUGUCUAUGUGUGUGUGCUGUGGCCUACUUGUCAUUUUGUGACUCAGUCAGUCAUCGAGGGCGCUGCCCUGCUGGGAGACCCAAGCUCACAAGGCCUGAGCAGCCCCUUCGGGCACCGCCUGUCCCCCAAGUCUGGGCCCACACGGCCACUAUCACAGAUCUGACCCUGCACUGACGCUGACCGCAUGCCCUUGUCUGUGCAGGCGGAGUAUGUGUAUGGUUUGGGGCAUGUUUUAAUUUAUAGCAGAAGCCUCUGGUGUUUUCUCCUCCCAUCCACGCUGCUAAUAAACAUUUGCUAAGAAACA